UAACUAGGACUAGACAACUUCCGAUUUUGGCCCGACUUCGCUACCAAAUUUACCGAACAGCCAUCGCCUGCAGAUUUGGAUCUGGUAAGGGCAUUUUUCCGAUUUCAGUAACCGGAGAUUUGUCGUCUCCUCUCUUCUUCUUCUCUUCCUCCCGUGGGCUCACUUCUUCAAUCAUAAGCCUAAUUCCCACACGUACAUAUAGAGGGGGCGAAAGCACGAGAGGAGACGACGCGAGAAAUAGGGCCCAGGUUUAUCCGGGGUUGAGAUGUCAGCCACUGCUUUCUCGAGGUUAAACCCCGUUGGCUAUGCUGGGCGUUGUAUACUGAAGAAUCUCAUACCUGGUGAAAGGAGCUUGUUUUCUUCCAAUUCUGGACUGUCUCAUCUCUCGAGAUAUGCCACUGGCUCGUUAUCCGAUGCUUCCCUGUUCCAUCUAGCAUGGCCAAGCCCUGGAAGGAGACAAGCCAUGGCUGCUUCUGGGUCGUUACCUCUCUUUGGGGAUGCUUACUGUGAUGACUUGGUUAUACCAUUCGCAAGUGGCUUCGACUUCACUAACCCUUCAGCUCGUAUUACUUGCAUGAGCAUCGGCAAGAGAAAGCAAGCAAAGAGCCUAUUCGUUUGCCAGAAUUCUACCAUUGAUCAGCUCCACAAGAGCUCCUUUAGAGGUGCAGGUUUCGGUCAGAUGUUGAGGAGUGCUCAUACAUCGUCCACUGUAUGUUUUUCGGUAGGGCCAGCUCAUGAAUUGUCACUCGGUGGUGAUUGUCAAGAGGAAGAGUUUACAGAUUCACCUAUUUCCUCCUCUUUAAAAACCCUGAAGCUUCUUUCGGGGUCGUGUUAUCUCCCGCAUCCUGCGAAGGAAGAAACAGGUGGAGAAGACGCUCACUUUAUCUGCGAUGAAGAACAAGUCAUCGGAGUUGCAGAUGGGGUUGGCGGCUGGGCGGAUGUCGGUGUCAAUGCCGGAUUGUUUGCACGAGAACUCAUGUCCUAUUCAGUAACGGCAAUUCAGGAGCAGGCCAAGGGUUCCAUUGAUCCAUUAAUGGUUUUAGAGAAGGCGCAUUCUCAGACCAGAGCAAAGGGCUCAUCCACAGCCUGCAUCAUCACCUUGACCGACAAGGGAAUACACGCGAUUAAUCUCGGGGACAGCGGAUUCACGGUGGUUAGGGAAGGGACCACUCUGUUUCAGUCGCCAGUUCAGCAGCAUGGAUUCAACUUCACCUAUCAACUCGAGAGUGGAGAUGGAGGUGAUAUACCUUCAUCCGGUCAGGUUUUUACGAUUCCUGUGGAGAGUGGGGAUGUAAUCGUGGCGGGGACGGACGGAUUGUUCGACAAUCUGUACAACAACGAGAUAGCGGGAGUGGUGGUGAGUUCAGUGAGAGCGGGCUUAGACCCGAAAUCCACGGCUGAAAAGAUGGCGGCAUUGGCCCGUCAGAGAGCAGUGGAUAGGAACCGGCAAACACCCUUCUCUGCGUCAGCUCAGGAGGCUGGAUACAGAUAUUAUGGCGGAAAGCUCGACGACAUUACCGUUGUCAUCUCUUACAUAACUGCUUAAAAACUGGCGGUAGGACAAAUGAUAUAACCUGUACGGUCGGAGAAUGUUAUGGAGAUGUGGUGGUACUUUGACCGAUGGGCUGAUUUUGUUCAAGUAUUGAAUUGAAAAGGGCCAAUUUCCAUUUUUUUCCGUUCUAUAUAUAUAAAAAAAACUUAGUUUGUGA